AUGGUGCAGGCCUACCACGAACCAAUCGACAGUGCCCGAUCAAGGGAACGCGAUGGUAUUAUAAAGGAUGAGGAGAAAAGGCAUAUCGAGAAUUGCAGUCUCGAAUAUGAAGAUCCGUUCGGAAAUGAGGAAUUUGCGGAAGUCAGAUAUCGAACCUUGUACUGGUGGCAAUGCGGAAUGAUCAUGAUCGCAGAAACAAUCUCAUUGGGAAUCCUGUCGCUACCUUCCGCCGUGGCGACUCUCGGGCUAGUCCCGGCGGUUAUCCUCAUUGUCGGACUAGGACUGCUUGCAACUUACACAGGAUACGUCAUAGGCCAAUUCAAACUCCGCUAUCCACAUGUCCAUAGCAUGGCCGACGCUGGGGAGGUGCUAUUUGGGCGCGUCGGUCUGGCCCGCUUCGGAAGAGAGUUUCUGGGAACAGCACAGUUGCUCUUCCUUGUCUUUAUCAUGGGAAGCCAUCUUCUCACAUUUACCGUCAUGAUGAAUACACUUACAAAUCAUGGCACCUGCUCAAUCGUGUUUGGUGUUGUUGGUUUGGUGAUUUCCUUCAUCUUUGCACUUCCCAGAACCUUGAGAAAGGUUUCCUGGUUUUCGUUCGCAUCCUUUGCAAGUAUCCUAGCCGCCGUGCUCAUCACGAUGAUUGCGAUUGCUAUACAGCGCCCCGGAAACGGUAAGGUAGAUGCAACAACAAAGACCAGCCUUGCCAAUGGGUUUCUAGCGGUGACCAACAUUGUCUUUGCAUACGCUGGCCAUGUUGCGUUCUUCGGGUUCAUAUCAGAGAUGCAAACCCCGACAGACUACCCUAAGACUCUGUUCUUGCUCCAGGGAACCGACACGUGCAUGUAUGUUCUCGCUGCGGUAGUCAUUUAUUACUAUGGGGGAAAAGAUGUGAAGUCUCCUGCCCUCAGCUCUACCGCUCCCAUCACGGCGAAGAUUGCUUAUGGAAUUGCAAUCCCUACGAUCGUCAUCGCAGGAGUGAUUAAUGGCCACGUUGCAGCCAAAUACAUCUAUGUCCGUCUAUUUCGUGGCACCGAUCGCAUGCACAAGAGAACUGUGUUCUCAAUCGGAUCUUGGGUAGCGAUCAUCUUAACAUUGUGGAUCAUUGCAUGGAUCAUCGCGGAGGCGAUUCCAGUCUUCAACGAACUAUUGAGUCUAAUUACUGCCCUUUUUGCAAGCUGGUUCACAUAUGGACUGAGUGGCAUCUUCUGGUUGUUCCUGAAUUGGGGACAGUACGGAAGAUCGUGGCGGAACAUUCUGCUCACGGUUAUCAAUUUGAUUAUCGUGGGAAUCGGAGGUUGUCUGUGUGUAAUGGGUCUCUGGGUCUCUGGAAAAGCCAUUCAUGAAAAUUCUAGCAGAGCUAGCUUCUCUUGCAGUGCAAACACCUAG